AUGAAGUAGGAUGGCCUUGAGCCGAGUUUGUAUAAUUUCAAUUCGUUGAUGAACGGAUUGAUUAAUGCCGAUAUGGUGGAAUCGGCGGUUAAGGUUUUCGAGGCGAUGAGGGAGGUUAAUGUGAGACCAGAUUCAUUUAGUUACAAUACGGUUAUUAAAGGGUAUUGUAAGGUUGGAAAAACUAGGAAGGCCUUGGAGAUGAUUAGGGAGAUGGAGGCUGGGGAUGAUGGUCGUAAUGUGGGGCCGGAUAAGGUUAGUUACAUGACGGUUAUGCAGGCGUGUUAUGGCGAAGGGGACGUGGAUUGUUGUGUGAGCCUUUACCAUGAGAUGAAUGAGAAGGGGUUGGUGGUUCCUCCACAUGCUUAUAGUUUGGUGGUGUGUGGGCUUUGCAGGCAAGGGAAGGUUGUUGAGGGUCUCAAUGUGUUUGAAGAGAUGAGAAGGGAUAGUUGCAGAGCCAAUAAGGCAGUGUACACGGCGUUGAUUUAUGGUUAUGAGAAGACUGGAAAUGUUGAUGGGACGAUGAGAUUGUUUGAGAGGAUGAGACAGGAGGGGAUUAAACUGGAUGAAGUUACUUAUGGGGCGAUUGUUAAUGGUUUGUGUAAGGGUGGGAGAGUGGAGGAAGCUUUGGGUUAUUUAGAGUUUUGUAAAGAGAAUGGUGUCAUGGUGAAUGCGGUAUUUUACUCGAGUUUGAUUGAUGGCCUUGGGUAGGCUGGGAGAGUUGAUGAAGUCGAGAAGUUGUUUUAUGAGAAGGUUGAUAAGGGGUGCCCACGGAUUCUUAU